AUGCAAACCAAAAUUCAUGUAUUGGGAUUAGUAUUGGCAUGCACUUGUCUUCUUUUCCGUUCUUUAGAUGCACAAGGCAAAGGCCCGAACGCACUGGUUCUCGAUUGUGGCUCUUCUGAUGGCGGCACCGAUGCAGAUGGUCGAAAAUGGGAAGCAGAUGCAAAAUACCUCGUGAACAACAAUGAUAAAUCCAUCGCAACCAAGGCAGAUAACCAAGACCCUUCGCUUCCUUCCGAUGUCCCUUACAUGACCGCUAGGAUCUUCACGUCAGAAGCAAUAUACCAGUUUCCAGUUGCAAAUGCUACCGAUCGCGUUUUGCUCAGACUCCAUUUCUACCCAGCUUCCUAUCCAAAUUUCAACAUCUCCGACUCGUAUUUCUCAGUCAGCGCAGGAGGAAUCCAAUUGUUAAGUAAUUUUAGCGCGUUUAUCACGGCUGAAGCUCUUUCACAAGGCUAUCUUAUUCGAGAGUACUUCUUGGCUCCCUCAAAUUUGCCCACUCUCAACGUCACAUUCAAGCCUUCAGAUAAAUCAUUUGCUUUUGUCAAUGGAAUUGAAGUGAUUUCGCCGCCGCAGGUAUUCGAUAAAGAUCCCACGUUGGUAGGGGGUGGCCUCCAAGAUGAUAGUACCGAUUUUGGAUCAACCGAUAACACCGUGCCCAUAAGCACAUCCAGCAUGCAAACCAUGUUCAGAAUUAACGUCGGCGGACAAUUUGUCUCCGCCAAAAAUGAUUCAGCCGGUCUAAUGCGAAGUUGGUAUGACGACACUCCUUACGUUUACGGUGGUGGACUUGGUGUUGCAUUGGAGGCCAAUGUUACAAUUGAGUACAAAAACUUGCCGCCGUAUAUAGCGCCGUUGGAUGUGUAUGGUACUGCAAGAUCCAUGGGGCCUGAUCCCAAUGUCAAUAAAGGAUUCAACCUUACAUGGGUAUUUCAGGUUGAGUCUAAUUUCUCAUAUCUGGUGAGAUUCCAUUGGUGCGAUUGGGAGUUCGAUAAGGUUAACCAGAGAAUCUUUACAGUGCUUCUGAACAACAAAACCGCAGAGGAGGAAGCAGAUAUUUUUGGUUGGACGAAAGAAAAAGCUACUCCAAUGAAAAGAGAUUAUGUGAUAUAUGUUGAUGGCAAACAAGGGAAUGAUGAGCUUUGGGUGGCACUUCACCCGCUUACUUCAACAGGAUCAGAGUAUAUUGAUGCUCUUCUCAAUGGCUUAGAGAUUUUCAAGCUCAGUGAUGCAAAAUCAAACUUGGCAGGCCCGAACCCUACCGUCUCAGAUUUGAUGAGAAAGCAGAUUGAAUCUGAUCAAGCACCAAGGCCGUUUGCUGCGCCGAAGAAGUCAUACUCCACUGCACUCAUCGGUGGGGCCGCUGGAGGAGCUGCAGCAUUCGGCGUAGCGGCUGCAAUCGUUUUUCUUGCUCACAGCAGAAAGAAGAGAUUUGUCGGAACGGACGUAGGUGUAACUAGUUGGCUACCAAUAUACGGGAAUUCUCAUUCUUCUGGGAGCAAAUCGGGACGGAGUCACGGAAGCACUACUAUUUCCUCAGAUGCUGCGUGUAACUGUCGUUACUUCUCUCUUGCAGAGAUCAAACAAGCCACCAAGAACUUCGAUGAAUCCAAUGUGAUUGGGGUUGGAGGCUUCGGGAAGGUCUACAAGGGAGUCAUCGACAACGAUACAAAAGUGGCAAUCAAAAGAUCGAACCCUUCUUCGGAACAAGGAGUUAAUGAAUUCCAAACUGAGAUUGAGAUGCUUUCAAAGCUCAGACACAGGCACUUAGUGUCUUUGAUUGGAUUCUGUGAAGAAAAUAAUGAGAUGGUGUUGGUUUAUGAUUACAUGGGCCUAGGAACAAUGAGGGAGCAUCUUUACAAGGGCAGCAAAACAGUAGUGUCCUGGAAGCAGAGAUUAGAAAUUUGCAUUGGUGCGGCCAGAGGGCUUCAUUACCUACACACAGGUGCAAAAUACACCAUCAUACAUAGAGACGUCAAGACCACAAACAUACUUUUGGACGAUAAGUGGGUUGCCAAGGUUUCAGACUUUGGGCUGUCAAAAACGGGACCUAACAUGAACCAAGGCCAUGUCAGCACGGUGGUGAAGGGUAGCUUUGGUUACCUAGAUCCAGAAUACUUCAGGAGGCAACAGUUGACGGAGAAGUCUGAUGUGUAUUCGUUUGGGGUGGUUCUGUUCGAAGCAUUAUGUGCAAGACCAGCCCUGAAUCCGAGCCUUCCGAAGGAACAAGUGAGUCUAGCCGACUGGGCUAUGCAUUGCCACAGGAAAGGAACCCUGGAAGAUAUCGUCGACCCUCAGAUCAAAGGAGAGAUCUCCGCUGAAUGCUUGAAGAAGUUUGCAGAGACGGCCGGAAAGUGUUUGGCGGACCACGGAGUUGAUCGUCCCUCCAUGGGUGAUGUGUUGUGGAAUCUCGAGUAUGCGCUUCAGUUGCAAGAGAACCCCGAUGGUUGUAUCAAAUCGUCAACUACUUCAGGAACAAUACAAAGCUUGGAUUCUGAAAGCAAUCAAGUCAUUGAUCAUAACGACUUCUUGGCCAUGCAUCGAAGCACUUUAAGCCUUGGAAGCGACGUUGACAUGACAGAGAAGUCAUCGGAUGAUAACAACGCUGAUGACAUAUUUUCCCAGAUCGUCAAUCCCAAAGGUCGGUGA